AUGGAGGCUGCUUCUCUCAUCUGGGGUGAUGCGUAUCAGUUCAACGUCUUUCCAAAACUCAAAUCUUCGUCAAGUGCAGCUGGUGGUGAUGUCCAGUGGGGACCCUCUCGACCCGAGAAGCUGUCCGCGUCAUCAGAGACAGCUCGCAACCAACGCAGUGAUCUUGCUCCUGUGUCAGCAGGGCUGGCUCCCGCCAAGAAACGUCUGAGUUGGAAGACCCCUUCCGUGGCGGGGGCUGGACUGCAGAACACGGGGAACACUUGCUACGUGAAUGCAGCGCUGCAGUGUCUGACACACACGCCACCCCUGGCCAGCUCUAUGCUGUCCCGGCAGCACUGGAAAGUCUGUCAGAAGCAGGCCUUCUGCAUGGUAUGUGCUAUGCAAGCUCACGUGACCCGCGCCCUCCUUCAUCCUGGAGAGGUGAUCAAGCCCCGGCAGGACCUGGUCACCAGCUUCCACAGAGACCAGCAAGAAGACGCCCAUGAGUUUCUGAUGUUCACACUGAAUGCCAUGCAGCAGGUGUGCCUGAACGGGUAUGAGCUGUCAGAUCGUCACUCUGAGGACACCUCCCUCGUCCCUCGCAUCUUUGGAGGCUCCUGGAGAUCUCAAAUCCAGUGUCUCCACUGCCUAGGUGUUUCAGACACUUUUGACCCUUAUCUAGACAUCACCCUGGACAUCUCUGCAGCUCAGAGUGUGAACCAAGCUUUGAGAGAGUUGGUGAAGCCCGAACAGCUGGAUGGUGAAAAUUCCUACCACUGUAGUGUUUGUCUCAGGAAGGUGCCUGCUACCAAGAGGCUGACUUUGCACAGAGCCUCCAAGGUCCUCAUCCUUGUGCUGAAAAGGUUCACAGAUUUCACAGGCGGCAAAAUGGGUAAGAAAGUGUGCUACCCCGAGUGCCUUGACCUGAGCCCCUACAUGUCUGAGCAGGAGGCAGGGCCCCUUGACUACGUGCUCUACGCCGUGCUGGUCCACUCGGGGUGGAGCUGUCACAGAGGACAUUAUUUCUGUUACGUCAAAGCUGGAAACGGCCAGUGGUACAGAAUGGACGAUGCCAAGGUAACCGCCUGUGAUGUUACUUCUGCCCUGAGCCAAAGUGCCUACGUCCUCUUCUACGUCCAGAAGAGUGAGCUGGAGGGAGACGGCGGGGGAGUGUCCACAGGUCAGGAAGCAGCCUCCCUGGGGGCUGAGCCCGCAGGCCUGGCCGCCGCCCACCGGGAGCCUGACAGAGACUCCAGUGUCAGAGUUCCUGGGUCGGAGGAGCAACUGGAGGAAACAGAAACCCCAGAAGUCACCUUAGAGCAGUGGAGGUGCCUCCAAGAACUCAGCCGCCCUAAGCCUGAAUUCAGCCUCAGGAAGGUUGACUCUGACGUGCCCGCAGAUGCAGUGGUGAUUCACCAGUCGAAAUAUGGAGAUAGGAUGAGAAUGAAACAGCCCGAACAGGACACCUGCCAGCCCAGUCCUUCAGGCAGGGAGGCCCCAGCUCAGGGGCCAAUAGUUAUUGGCAGCAUCCCUUGUCUCAGAGGGAAGCCCAGAGCCUCCAAGAAAAAGGGCAAGAAGAAGCAGAGGUCUGCGGGUGCCCUGCAGUAA